AUGGCUUGUUCUUAAUAUGAAUACGUAAAAAAAUUUGAAAACUCUCUUAUUUUAAUGCCAAAUACAUAUAUUGUAGUUCGUAUUGAUGGAAAAGGGUUUACUAAAUUCACAUAGGCAAAUAAUUUUUAAAAGCCAAAUGAUAAAAAAGGAUUAAAUUUAAUGAAUAAAGCUGCAGAAGUUGUAAUGAAAACAUUUGCAGAAAUAUGUUUGGCUUAUGGUUAAUCAGAUGAAUUUUCUUUUGUAUUUUCAAAAAGUGCAUAACUAUAUUAAAGAAGAGCUGACAAAAUAAUAUCUUGUUUAGUUUCGUGUUUUACUUCAGCAUAUGUAAUGAAUUUCGAAUUAAUUAUGGAAUAAAAAUGUAAUGAAAUUCCUAUGUUUGACGGUAGAGCUGUUUGUUAUCCUGAUUUUAAAAAUUUAAGAGACUAUUUAUCAUGGAGAUAAGUGGAUUGCCAUAUAAAUAAUCUUUAUAAUACUUGCUUUUGGAAUAUGGUAUUAAUAGGAGGAAAAACCAAUUAAGAGGCUUAAAAUAUAUUAAAAGAUACAGAUAUGGAAAAACAUGCCGAGAUUAUUGGAACCGAAGGAUAUAUGGCCCCAGAAUUAUAUAAAAAAAAGCAUUACUGUCCAAAAAGUGUUGAUAUUUUUGCUUCCGGAGUUCUCCUCUUUUGUUUAGUUUGUGGAAGACCGCCUUUUGUUAAAGCCACAGAUUAAAUAAUAUUAGUUUGUAACUCGUAAAAUUCUAUAUUUGUUCCAAUUAAAUGUUUAGAUGAACUCGUUUAAUUAACAUUUGAUUUUUAUAAAUAAAUCAACUCAUAUUGUAAAUCUACUUAAAAAUAAAUAACUUCUUUAUCAAGAGAAAUUAAUUUAGACUUAGAUAAAAGAAAGUUAUAAUAUGAUAACUUCAAUAAUAAUGUGCUUUAGUUUAGUUUUAAUAAUUCUAAUAAAAUUGAAAAACAAAAUGAGUGUGAAUAAGGAGUUAUUUAUGAGCCUGCUAUAGGAACUGAAUAAUUAGAAUUUGAAGAUAAUUAUUACGAUUAUAAUUAUACUAUCAACCUUUCCUAAUGA